AUGUGGAGCAACAAGUCAAAUGAGGUGCCUCUACAAAAUCCGAGGCAUAACCAAAGCAAAGAUUCUACCAGAGAUCUAACUGCAGCAUGGGCUACUUUUUCUCAGACUAAGGCUGCUCUACGUCACAUAGAGAACAAAUUGGAAAUAGCUCCCACCGGCACGGCUGUAUUUGACUCUGUCAUGGAUGCCAAGAAGCCCUCUGCUAGCUCUAGCAGGAAAAUAAGCAGAAAGGAUAGGUACAUAGAGGAUUCUUUGGUUUCUGCUUCAGCUUCCCGGUCCUCCAGCCAAAAUAAAUCAAGCAAGGAGAAGUCCUCACGCAGCCCUCUUCGAGCGACCACCCUUGAAAGCAAUGUGAAAAAAAGCAAUCGUGUGGAAUUUCGUGAACCAUUGGCUUCAUACAGGGAUACAUACAGUUCUCUGUCUUAUCACACUUCUAGCCAACUUGAGGCCAAGCAACUGCUCUCUAGUUUGGACUUCAACGAAGUAGAAGGGAAGACUGAAAUAACAGGCCAUUUGAUACAUGACCGAGACGAGCGGGAUCUACGCAGCAGAGAUUUUGAAAGCCCAUGUUCUUCUGCUGUAGAUGAGACUGUUGUUAGGUAUUUGAAUGACAGACCAGCAAUUGAUGCCUUGCAGAAUAACGAGGCAUUUCUUAAGGUCGCGACACCUCCAAGAUUGGAAGAGGAAAAAACUAGUGGCUCCAGAGGAGAUGAGAGCAGCACUAAAACUGCUCAGAGUAACACAUCUCAGGACAGUGACUUGAAAGUGUCUUCCCCUUCUAGUACUUCUAGUGCUCAUAGGCUGGAAAUCUUGAAACGGCGGCAGCAUGAUGCUAAGUUGGAGAAGCUGAAGGAGCGGAUUCGAAAGCAGUGGGAGCAUUCUGAAGAGCUAGGUGGCAGAGGGCAGCACUCGGCAUAUGCUGAGCAACCUGUUGUGAUCACAAACGUGGAGAAUGCGGUGACUCCCAAAGUCAGGAAGGUGGCAGCUGCACCUGCUGCUCCAUCAUAUAGAGGUUUCAAUCCUGCUGAAACAAAGAUUCGCACUCCAGAUGGAAAGAUCUGGCAUGAGGAAGAAUUUCACGUUGGUCGGGAGCUAUAUAGAGAUAUAGCACUCCACUUUUGUUUGUUUUUAGAGGAUUCAACAGUGAAAGGAAAACCUAGUGAGAGAAACAAAGAGAAAAAAGCAACCCGUCCGGUGCGGAAAGUGCAAAAACUGACACGGUUGUCAAGUCCAGAGUCUAAACAAGGUGGAAACUAUGUAAUAAGUGCAUCCUCUUGGCGGGAGGGACAAAAGCUAGUAAAAAAGAUACUGGGUCCAGCUCCCAGAAUAGAACAGGACAGAAGAGCUGCAUCUACUGACAGAGCAGGACGAGAGAGAGCUGCCAAGUCUGCAGGCUGUAUUGGAAGGACAGGUUCAGAUUCUAGACUGGAUGUUACCCGUAAAACCUCUUCAAGAAGUUCUGAAAGGUCAAGGAGUAAAGUACGGUCUGAGAAUAACCUGAAGAAACUGGAAGCUGCUCUUCCAGAUGAUAACCAAGAAGAUCAUGCCUCUGUAAAUAAGGACUUCCUGCCUGUGGAGAUACGUGGAAUUCUUGAUGACUUGCAGUUGGAUUCCAUGAGUACAAAGCAGGAGAAAGAUCUGGAAAAGCAGAAUCAGAAAUCUGUUUUGCCUACUCAAAAUGUCAGGAGCCACAGUCCAACCAAAAGGAAACCAGACAAGAUAGCUGCCAGUGAGGAGCCUCAGGUGAUCUCUAAGAAACGUCACUAUGAUACAGAUGAGGUUCGUCAGUACAUCAUCAGGCAGCAAGAGGAGAGGAAGAAGAAGCAGAAUGAAGAGAAGAAAGCACAAAAGGAGGCAACAGAACAGAAGAACAAAAGGCUCCAAGAGCUCUACAGAAAGCAGAAGGAGGCUUUUACUAAAGUGAAGAACCUGCCUCCUCCUGAACCUUCCGCAGCCAAACGGUUACAGGAGACCUAUUCUAAACUAUUGCUGGAACAUACAUUUUUAGAAGAGCCACCUCAGCUGCCUACAGUGCAGGAAGCACAGCCCAGACCUGGUUAUCAACCAUCUGGGGAAUCCGACAAAGAAAACAAGGCUCAAGAGCGUCCUCCUAGUGCAUCUUCAAGUAGUGAUAUGUCGCUUUCAGAACCGCAGCAGCCACUACUGAGGAGCGAUUUGAUGGAGCCUCCAUGGGUGCAGCCAGACAGGUUGAGCCCAAGAGUCCAGCUCUCUCACCCACAAGCUCUCAUGGGCUCAAGUGGAGGCCCUUGCUCCCAACACUGGAGUUUGGAGCAGAUGGACCUUUUGUCAAAGGAGUGUGACGCAAUGUUGGGAGGCAGGAGGAGCCAUGCUGCACCCGUGGGAUCGCUGACCUUGAUGCCUCAGCCAUACCUGAAUUCACCUGCUGCACAGCAAAAUCUCUUAGUAAAACCUGCUGCUAACCAAUAUAAGAGCAAAUUAGAUCGGAUUGAAGCUUUGAAAGCUACAGCUGCUUCCCUUUCUAGCAGGAUUGAAAGUGAAGCCAAAAAGUUGGCUGGGGCUGGUAUCAAUUAUGGUACUAUGUGGAACUCAGACCAUGAAUUUUUGCAAGAAAACCAGGAUGAUGGGCGAUGGGCAAAGGCUGUGAGUCCUCCUGUGAGAGAGGAAAAUGAAGAUGCUUUUUCCGCCAGAAUUCAAAAAAUGUUGGGUACCUGUGUGUCUCAUACAGCCUUUGAUGACAGCCUUCCUGGGGUAGGCAACCUUAGUGAAUUUAAAAAGCUCCCUGAGACGAUCAGGCCUCAUACUGCUGCAGUCAGCCUUGGAAUGAGGUCCCCCGCUGCUAACAGGCACGAGGGGAUACUAGGACAUUUAUCUAAGAGACAAACUGACUCCCCGGGGCGUGAAAACCAGGCUUACGCUCCGAACAAAGCUGUAAUUCCUCACGAGUCCAGCAUCGACUCCAUCAGCGAAGGGCCUCUCCUGAGUGACGGAAGCCUCUCUGAAGAGGAAGGAGGCCAGCACAAACAGUUGCCACUGAAGAUGCUGGAGACAUUAAAAGAGAAGGAUUUCUGCAUUCGGGAGAGAAAUGCUUUUGAGCCAAUAAAGGAGUUUCAGAGAGAAGCUGAGAAGUAUUUGCCACUUUUCACUCAGACGAGUGGCGCUCACAGCAAGGGGCCGUGGGAGGAGCUGGCAAAGGGAAGUCCCCACAGUGUCAUCAACAUCUUUGCAAAAAGUUAUCAACUUCAUGGAAAAGUGUUUGAUGAAAGGUCAAAUGGAGGGUCUGCCCUCCUGCGCCCUUUACUCCCUGCCAUGAGCCCUCCAGAGAGCGUGGUGUCUUACGAAGAUGAUUUUGCCUCAUCACAGGGAAGUGGCACUUUAACAGACAAAAAGAUUUCACGUGACCUCAGCAGUAAUUCAAGCAUUCAUGAAGAAGUUCCUAGUAGGAGGUCUCCCCACGAACCUCGAUCUGUAGAGCUUGCUUCUCAGCAUUCAUCUGGACCACGGUCUGCAGCAUCUUCUCGUUCAUCUGCUUCCUCUAAAAAGAGAGGGAAAAAGGAAUGGUUGGACUCUUUCAAUGGAAGUUCUCACCACUUUCCUGCAGAAGAAGAUAAAAUGCUAUCUGAAUUAGAGUGGGGAUCCCAACAGGCAAAGAAAUCCUUAUCAAGUAGCAGAAUUUCUAAUAAAGAUCAUGAGCAGAAUCCAGAUACAGACAGCACGCUGGAAAACUUGUCUGGACACUCCUUGAUGAGUUUCUCAGACAAGGGAAGAUCCCAGAAGACGCCGACUUCUUCCCCAUCUUCCAGUUCCCAAAAAAUGUUGCAGUUUGAUUCUAUAGGCAAUACAGCAGAGAGAGUCAAGUCACCUGCUGGCUUUUCUGGAAGUACAGCGUCAGGGCUGAAGCCUAACGCAGCCUUCCCUGACUUGAGUCUGGGAACUAGUAGGUCUGUAGCGGGAGCAGCCUCAGUGAGCGGAUGUAUGCGCUUCUCACCUGCUGGACUUCAGCAUCGUUUAUCAGCGGAAUUGAACUACCUUAGUGCCAUUGAGGAGUCUGUGCGACAGCUUUCAGAUGUUGAACGGGUACGAGGCAUAUCACUUGCCCAGCAGGAGAGCGUUUCUUUGGCUCAGAUUCUAAAGGCACAGCAGCAGCGCCAUGAACGGGACUUAGCCCUUUUGAAAAUCAAGGCUGAACAAGAAGCUUUAGAAAGUCAGAGACAACUGGACGAGGCAAGGCAGAAGGCAGCUCAGGUCCAUGCAGAGUCACUACAGCAUCUGGUCCAGUCACGGCAGGAGGCUGUACAAGAGACCCCAUGCAAGGCUGCAGCCAAGCAGGCAGAAACUGCACUUCUCGCUACAGAUGCAACUCACCAGAUCCGUGAGAUGACAGAGUUAGCACGAACCCAGAUUUCGGAUACUGUCAGCACUCCAGCUGCUCCAGUCACCACCUUGUUUGACCACCAGCGGCAUCAUCAUUCAGAAUUCAUGAAGCAACUGAGAGCCCGAACUGAUACAAACAGGAAAUGUGAAUCUGCUGCCAUGUCACAAGGUAAAGAGGAGACAGGUGACUCAAAACAGACAUACUCACCGAUGUUUGAUAGUUAUUCAGAGUCCUCAAGGUCAAAGGUUCAUGAUCAGAGGUAAGAAGAUACCAGCAGCCGCCAAGAGAGUCCUUCAGUUCCAUCUUCUAAGGAGAAUGAGAAAAAGCUUUCCCGUCGCGAAAAGAUAACUAGCAGUAUUGAAGAGCAGGCUCAUACUGGUGUGGAUGAUUCCUUGCCAAGUGAUAGUAUUUUGUCACUGCCAGACGAAAAAGAUUCUGCUUCUGUUGCAACAGAGUAUUCCCUGAAGUUUGAUGAGUCCAUGACAGAGGAUGAGAUUGAGGAAAAGUCUUUUCGGUCUUUGCUGCCUUCUGAGAGUCAUCGCAGAAAUAAUUUGGAGAAGAAACGGGGUAAUCGUGAUGAUUCUGAUGAGGAAGUUUCCCCGGAAAAAACAGCUCUGUCAUCUAUCAAGGAGCUAAGCAUGCCGUUCUCAGGGGGGCAAGAUAGUUUCUCUAAAUUUACCAUGGAGAUGGUAAGACAGUACAUGAAAGAGGAGGAAAUGCGAGCAGCUCAUCAGUCCUCACUGCUUCGGCUCCGGGAGAAGGCUCUGAAAGAGAAGACCAAGGCUGAAUUAGCUUGGCUGGAACACCAGAAGAAGCAUUUGCGAGACAAGGGAGAGGAUGAUAAGAUGCCUCCUAUUCGAAAGCGGCAGCGUGGUCUGCUGCUGAGAUUACAGCAGGAAAAGGCAGAAAUUAAACGUCUUCAAGAGGCUAACAAGGCUGCUCGGAAGGAGAGACAACUGAUCCUUAAACAGCAGGCGGAAAUAGAACGAAUACGUCAGACUACAAUGAAACUGCAGGAAAAGCUAAAGUCUGCAGGAGAAAACAAACUGGAACUUCACAGUGAGGAUGACAUCAAGCAGAGCAAUGGUUCUAGCCCUCUUCCAACUGAUGCAGAAACACGCAGCCCUUCACCAAUCUCAAUCUCCAGCAGUGAGACUAGUAGCAUUAUGCAGAAACUUAAAAAAAUGCGCAGCAGAAUGGAUGAAAAGUUCCUAACUAAGCGAGAACAGAAGCUGAUGCAGCGUCGACAACAUGCUGAAGAAUUGUUGGAGUGGAAACGCCGCCUGGAUGCAGAGGAAGCAGAAAUACGGCGGAUAGAAAAGCAGGCUCUAGCUGCCUGGGACAAAGAGCUGCUCAAAACCAAAAUAGCCAAGAAAGACCUGGGGGAUCAGAGAACGGAGCCCAAAGAAACGGCGAGUGAAGAAGAGUCUCCAGUGCCUUCUUGCUCUCAUCUGAACAGUGAAAGCUCUGUCCCAGAAGAUCUUGGCAGUCUAGCUGCUGAGUCUGUCCUGUCAGAGACUAUGGGCCGUGGACAGCCAGAAAGCCCAGAUCAGAGUACAACUAAUGAAGAAAUGGUUUAUUCUGAAGAGUUCAAGUCCUCUACCUCACCUGGCAAACUUUCUCCUCCCAAAAGCAGCAUAUCUGUAUCAAAGCAAGAUUCCAGCAAAGGCAGCCACAGAACUGGAGGACAGCUACGUUCACCUGUGAAGUCUCAUCAGAUAUCUCACAACUGGUCUGAUGAAUCUUUAUCUAUGACACAGUCAGAAACCACAUCUGAUCAAAGUGACAUUGAAGGACGGAUCAGGGCCCUGAAGGAUGAACUACGGAAAAGGAAGUCUGUGGUUUACCAGCUGAAAAAGGAACAGAAAAAGAGACAAAAGGAGAGACUGAAGGCCCAGGAAGCCAGUUUGAUCAAACAACUGGAGUCGUAUGAUGAGUUUAUCAAGAAGACUGAAGCAGAGCUGAGCCAAGAUCUGGAGGCAUCGCCCACAGCCAAACCUCAGAUUAAAACUCCAUCCUCAGCUGCUGCUGAAAAACCUAAGAUCAAGGCACCACCACUCCAUAGGGCUGAGACAGCUAAAAACUGGAAAUCACUGGCUGAAUCAGAGCGAUCCAGAGCAUCUUUGGAAUCCAUUUCAGAACAUGCAGAUGCUGCAUCAUCACGAACUGAGAGAUCUGUGUCUGUGCACACCAAGAAGGUGGUUGUGACAGAUGUUCAUGCAGAAGAACCUUCUGGAACAUCUUCCUUGGUUUUAAUAUCACCAAGGAGUUCCAGAGCAGGAUCUGGUGAUUCCUUAGAUAAUGUGCCCUCAUCAUCUCUUCUCAAAGAUGUGAAAGACAUUAGCAGGAUAUCCCAUGGGUCAAUGAACAAUGUGGUAAAUGCAUCCAAUGAUGAGGCUGCCUUCAGUCAUAAAUCUGAGAUACAGGAAGACUUGGAAUACAUAAAGUCCAAGGAAUAUGAGAUUGACGAUUCUCAUGUUAAGCCUUUGGAGAGUUCUGAUGUCUUGUUGACAUUAGAUAAAGAACAGGAGAGCUCACUGGACAUACUUUCAAAGAAAGUCUUCCGUUCUGAAAACAAACACUCUCAGGAGGAGCUCUUUGGUUUGGCUGUGGAAAGUCUUCAUGGUACGGAAGAAAUCUUAGAACAGAGACUGGCAGAUAAAGAUGCUGUAACUGGCCCCAGCAUACAAGAGUCGUCUUGCAAACUGAGCAAAUCGGCAGAGGAAAAAGGUUAUCUGCUUUCAGAACAACUCUUUAGUCAAAAGGAGCCAUCGUACCUUGAAGACUUUGAAGGAUCCUCUUCCAGAAAACAAGCAUCAAUUGAAAGACUUCCUGGGGAAUGUUACAAAGAUGACUUUGAAGCAUCUCUUCUCUCUCCUAAUGGGGAUGCUCAGUCACCAACAGAGCGGUCACAGCAUACACAAACCAGCAGAAGUAGAUCCACCAGCCUUGGCAGUGAUGGCGAAAUCAGUGAAUACCUCAGUGACAGGUCUCUCUCCCUCUCUGGCAGCAUGCAUUCAGAGAGGUUAUUAGAACUUAAGUCUCCAACAGAACUUAUAAAAAAUACUGAACGCAGAGAUGUGGAGCAAGAACAGGCCCCUACCGAAUCACCGCUGUGGGCCUCUGUUUCAAUCACAGAAGAAACAGAUAGUUUGCCAAAUUUCAACAUUGGGGAUAGAGUCCUUGUGAGUAAAGUCCAGCCUGGAACAUUGCGAUUCAAAGGUCUGACGAAGUUUGCCAAAGGGUUUUGGGCUGGUGUGGAGUUGGAUAAACCUGAAGGGAACAAUAAUGGAACUUACGAUGGUAUUAAAUAUUUCGAUUGCAAAGAAAAGCAUGGUAUUUUUGCUCCUCCUCAAAAGAUCUCUCACAUUACAGAAAGUAUUGAUAGCCACUUAGACACAAAUAAGGAUGAAGACUCAUUCUUCGAUGAUAGACUGGAGAAGCAACACAAAGCAGAGCAGAAAGACAAAGGAAGUUCCAAACCUAGCAAGGAGGAUGAACCCCAGACCAGAGAUGCAACAGAGAACUAUUCCCAGGAUAAAGCUCCUGCAGACACAGCUGUUUCCGAAGCCUCAGCUGGGGAAAGUGUUGAUGAAGAGUCAUCUUCUAAAGUGAACAGCAUAAAGGAGAUUUCUGUAGCUACUGAGUCACUUGCCCAAGAACAGUCAGUGGUGGAUUAUCUGAAGCAUGCUGUAAAAGAGGAGGCCAGCCUUGCUCCUCUCAUUUCUGGUAUUGUGGAUGAGAUUUCCAUUGUGCAGUUGGAUGAUGUCUCAGAUUUCCUUUCUGAAAAAUUGGAGAGGCAGAAGACACUAGGGGAAGAAUGUGCUGAAAAGUUAGAUGAUGUCUCUCCUGGAGUUGUGGAGAAGCCUGCAACUCCACUUCUGGAUUUGCUGACAAAAGAAAAGAACCAGUUAGAAGCCCAGCUUAGACUACCACUUAGAGAGGAAGAAAAGUCGAAAGACCAACUGGAGAAGGUCAGCUUGCUGACAGACAGUCUACUUAAAGAUUUUGUGAAAGACACGGUCAAUCAGCUACAGCAAAUAAAGAAGGUCAGGAAUGAGAAAAUCCAGCUGAGCAACCAGGAGCUCUGUGAUGUGAAGGAGGAAUCCGGUACCCCAACCCAGCAGGUGGAAAAGCAGAUUCCUGACGGACUGAAUAACUUUUUUCUAAGUUCCGAUUUUGAAGAUGAAAGAGAAGAACUUUCCUCUCCAGACAUGUGUCCCAGACCAGAGAGUCCAGUGUUUGGUGCCAGUGGUCAGGAAGAGCUUGCCAAGAGACUGGCAGAGCUGGAGCUUAAUCGGGAGUUCUUGAGUGUGCUGGGAGAUGAUCAAGACUGGUUUGAUGAGGACUACGGCCUGAGUUCCCGUAAGGUCCAGCAGAAGCAAGCUGAGGAACCAGCAGUGCUGCCCAAGGUAGAACCGCAGAAAGUGCCAACAAAGCCGUGUGAGGAGCCUUUGGCGGUCCCUCAUACUGCAGUGGAGGUGGAAGGUAUGGUGCAUGCAGCGGCUGAGGAACUCUGGAAACUGAAGGAGCUGGGUCAUGAUCUUCAAAGUUUCAGCCUUCAUACAGAUCUUAGUAGUACCCUCAAAGAGCAGGACACGGACAUGAUAAACAAGCAGGUUUAUAAAAAGGUGGUGUUUGAUUUAACAAGAGAGAUCUUUGGAGAAAUCUUUGCUGAGGAUCCUAAUCUAAAUCAGCCUAUUUGGAUGAAACCGUGUAGGAUCGCAUCUGCUUACUUUCGCCGAGUAAAAGAUCCAAAUGAUCUGGAUGAAAUCAAGAGCUUCAUUGCAGCUGAAGUACUGAAGUUGUUCAGCCUGAGGAAGGAGCCUAAUCACAAAACAGACUGGCAGAAGAUGAUGAAGUUUGGGCGGAAGAAACGAGACCGAGUGGAUCAUAUACUGGUGCAGGAACUUCACGAGGAAGAAGCGCAGUGGGUGAACUAUGAUGAGGACGAACUGUGUGUAAAGAUGCAGUUGGCAGACGGGAUCUUCGAGGCCUUAAUCAGAGACACUGUUGAUGUACUGAACCAGAUAAAUGAGAAACAGCGGAGAUUGCUGCUUGUCUGACAGUGCUGAAAAUAAACUUACAGCUGCGUAACCACUGAGUCACGGGCCUUCCUGACUCCUGACGUACUCUCGACCCUGCAAGCGCUGCUGCUGGACUUCCAUGCGUGGGGUUUAAAGGCAGUUCAUAUGUGAUUAAAGGAACUUCAAUUUGUAUCCACUGCCACUAGAGACCUCGCACUGGAUUUGUUGUUUGGAACAAGCUGAUCCCUCACUCGAGGCUGUAUUGUGGAGUGCUCAAGACUGUUCGUGUGCCAAUGCAGUUAUGCCACAUAACUGUCAGCAGCUUUCUGGGGCCCCGGCCUGGGGCUUUGACAUGUUCAGCUUGUGCUCUGAAAGGGUUGGGUUAAGUUGGGAUAUUGGCUGUUUUGCUGGAAAGGCUGUCUGCCAUCAGUACUCGACUUGUCUUUAGAAAUGUGAGUAAUUUGGAGAAGAAACGGUUUGGCCAGGUUUUAGUCAUAAAUGGAGACUUACCGUACUGAACAGUGUUAUAACCUUAACACCUCUUCUCCUGCAGCCCUAACAAUGUGCAUCAGUUUCUUCUGCUCCAGAGCCCGUUUAAUUCCCUUCUCUGUGAAGCUGGUUUUCAUCUUUCUUCUGUGAUGUGGUACCAAGUAUGGUGCCAGCCAGUCCAGGGAAGUUAGAUGAUGUUGCUUUCUGCAUUCAAGUAAAGAAUUCUUGCUGCUUUUCCUAUGUAACUUGCUUCAGUCCCGAGGUGGAGCAAGAUAAAGGCCGCCUAAUGUCAAGCGUGAAAGAUGACCCCGUGGACAACUUUCCUCCUACCAGGAGCACUUCUUUUCUUCCUGGAGCACCAGCUGCUCCCAGAUAAUGGAUACUCAGGAUUUUCUCAGGCACGAGACAUGCAGGAGUGGGAAACGUUUCCUCACAAAAAUUUGGCCUUCAAUCCUUCAGCUUCCUCCCUUACUGUCACCUAAUAAAUCGGAGAAGCCGUUACUUGAACAAUUUAGAGAACAGAGUGUAUUCACCAAAGAAAGCGGUGUCCAGUGCUUGACUGUCUGCAUGUUUUGUGCUUGUGGGUUUUUUAUUUAUUUUCAGAUAAUUUAUUAAGUGGGUUAUAGGAGAGUGUCUUGUGCUCUUGGCUGCGCUGUCUUAUGUUUUGAGACAGCCAAACUUGAGAAAGCAUCUGUUCUGGAAAAUUCCAGAGCCCCAUAUUCCUUGCACCAACCCUCCAGCUUCCCGAGACAGAUACAGGGGGGGAAGGUAAGAAGAACCAAACCACAGUGACCAGGGGUGGGAAGCAAAGGCAGGACUAGGAAUGGACCUUGACCAUACCUGGUUCGGAGACAAGGGAGAGUUGAGAGGACCGAGCUGAAAAAUAAUGUGAAACUUCCCUGCUCCAUCUGUUUCCUUCCUUUCCCGGAACUUCUAGGCCAUGGGCAGCUGUUAGUGAUUGAUUCAGUGCUGGGUUCAACUGCAGUGUCCUUUUGCCGAGUGCUCGUUCCUAACCUGUCUCUCCCACUCUUGUGUUUUUCUUGGAGGAACACAGACAAUCUGGGGUCGAAUGUUGAUGCCUUAAUAGUGGAUGUCCCUGUUGCUAACCUGGGACAAGCCCCAGAGGAGAGUCACAGUCUCAAGACACAUUGGAGUGCAGGAGGACACUCUGAAGCCCUCAGAGGUGCCCCAAAGAUGCUGCAGCCCACGAUAGGCGUGGCGAGGAGAUCUCUACCAUUUCAUUCAUCUCUUUGGUUCUUGGGCUUCCUGCUCUGCAUACCUCUGCUACUGCUCCAUUUUCUUUUCUCUUUUCCACCUUUUUUUUUUUUGAAAGCUAUCAUUGGAAUAUUUGCAUUUUGCACAACGACACACAGCUGGUAAUUCUUCAGGGACAGCACUGGGAAAUGUUGGAUUUGUCAGAGGUCCAUGCAAAUUCUCAGGUGUAGUGUUGCCAGCACCUCACUUGUGAGUUAACGGUGAGCCAUAUUCAUGGGAAUGGAAGAACAAGGAGGAGGUCAUGGUGUAUAGGAACACCUCCAACGGGCAUAUGCAUGUCUGUCCUGCCGUAGUGGCCCUUCUGGCUGGCUGGAAGUCAGAUGGUCUUGCAGGAGCAUUGUUCAGCUGCUUUUCCCUAAGUGAUUCACUUGUCCACGUAAAAUGUCACGAUGCUGAACCAGGAAACUCUCGAAUGCUUAAGAUAGAAGCAAACUAAAGCUGCUGCAUUUAACCAGCAUAGUAUCACUGAUUGGAUCACCGCCUCAGAUUCCCUUUCCUGGGUGUAUCUUCUUCAAUAGCGAGGAUUGCUAUUUUUAUAGGUAGCAGUUACGGAAGGAAGGCAGAAACCUGCAGCGUAGGUUUGUGGCUGGAGUAUCAGAGAAAUGAAGUUUAGUUUCUGUUCUGUAGAUACCACGGCCAGCGUUGAGAAGGUUGCCCUGCAUCCCUGAGGCUUUUCGGCUGUUCGGCGGGGCUGACACAGCUUUUCUGGUCUGUCCACCAGCCGGGAGAAGGUUGUACAGUUGGCCUGCCAAGGUGCUGGGGACCACUGGAGAUCGUAUGCCUGUUGUCUUGUUGGCUUGGAUAGCACUAGUUUAGUACCCUCAACAGAAGUACUAUCUAUAUUUACAGUUGUUUGGGCAGAAGGAAGCUGUG